CGGGCCCGGGGCGGCGGGCGCGCGCCGGGGCCCGCGGAGCUGGCGCGGCCCCGCGCCAUGCGGGACCAGCUGGAGCGGAGCCUGGGCGAGUGGCGGGAGCUGGAGGAGGAGUUCCGGCAGCUCCAGGAAACACACAAAGUUUACAGGCAGAAACUGGAAGAAGUCACCAGCCUGCAGACAGCCUGCAGCAGCUCCAUACACCGGCAGAAGAAGACACUGAGGGAUCUGAAGCACAGCCUGCAACGGUGCAAGCCCAGAGCGAGUCCUGAGGAGUUUGCUCUCAUUCAGGAGAUCAGCAGCCAGAUCAAGGAGAGGCAGAAUGCCUUCUUUGACAUGGAAGCCUACCUGCCCAAGAGGAAUGGCCUGUACUUAAAUCUGGUGCUGGGAAACGUGAAUGUCACUCUCCUGAGCAACCAGGCAAAGUUCGCCUACAAGGAUGAGUAUGAGAAGUUCAAACUUUAUCUGACAAUAAUCUUGUUACUGGGGGCUGUUGCCUGCAGGUGUUUUCUCCACUACAGGGUGACAGAUGAAGUGUUUAACUUUCUGUUGGUGUGGUAUUACUGCACGCUGACGAUACGGGAAAGCAUUCUCAUUAGCAAUGGCUCAAGGAUCAAAGGCUGGUGGGUGUCUCAUCACUACGUUUCCACGUUCCUGUCUGGAGUGAUGUUAACGUGGCCAGAUGGACUCAUGUAUCAGAUGUUUCGCAGUCAAUUUUUAGCAUUUUCAAUAUUUCAGAGCUGUGUUCAGUUCUUACAGUAUUAUUACCAAAGGGGCUGCCUCUAUAGGCUCCGGGCUUUGGGGGAGAGAAACCACUUGGACCUUACAGUAGAAGGAUUCCAGUCCUGGAUGUGGCGGGGGCUGACGUUUCUCCUUCCCUUCUUGUUCUUUGGCCAUUUCUGGCAGCUGUACAAUGCAAUCACGCUUUUCAGAUUGUCAAGGCACGAGGAAUGCAAGGAAUGGCAGGUUUUUGUGUUGGCUUUGACAUUCCUGCUGCUCUUCCUCGGGAACUUCCUCACUACUCUCAAGGUGGUGCACACUAAACUGCAGAAGAACAAAGACAAGGUGAAGAAGCUGUGACUCCCCCUGUUCCCAGUGUGCAUCCAUGCCUGUGCCCCAGCAGGGCUGGGUUUGGGACAGAUCCUGCUCCACCCCAGCCAGGGAUGGAUGGGCUCAGAAGCACUCCCCUGUCCCCGUGUUUGGUAAAGGACUCUGCCAGCACAGACUCAGUAUUAAUGCAAGCAUGGCUCUCCAGUCACACUCCUGCUAUUUAUGUAUAUUUAAUAUAAAAUGUAUUUGCUUCUGGGGUUUUUGUUCUGUAUAUAGAGCAGCAUGCACCUGCCUGGUGAAGCGCCAGCACUGGGGAAAAUGUGGGAUCUACUGUAAUUCCAAUUCUGGAAUGAUACCUGACACUUUCCAGUUUUAUUAUUUAAAUUCUGGGUAUUGAAUUUAUUGAGGUUUAUGAACACUCUGUGGAUCAGUAAUACAGAGCGAAUGCUGUUUUUCAAGGCAUUUGUUUAAGGCAUAUUCUCAGUGGCAAUACUAACCUGUGUGUACUGUGAAAAGAAAAUACUCAUCUUUGUACCAUACUGCUGCUAUAUACACUUCUAAAAAGCUAUUUAAAGAAGAGGAAUUCCUUCUUUGAAAACAAAAUCAUGUGAGCAAAAGCAGUUUUUAAAUGGCAGGGAAGUCUGCUAGCCCUUUUCCAGGGAGACCAGGUCAUUUGUCCAGGCCUGAAAGAACCUAAAAUAAACCAUUCAAUAUGCAACUGCCUCUGCCCCUUUUUAGUAACAAGCACAUGGCCCUUAGGUUGGUUUUUGAGGCAAGGUUCUGGAAAGGGGAAGACAGACUCAGCUCAAAUAUUAAAUACUUUCUUUAGAUGCUGCACUUGUACCAAUAAUGAAGAGAAUGGAAAUGCUGUGUCAAGGGAUGGCAGGGGACAAACACUGACUGCUACCCUGGUAAAGUCCUUGUGCUGCUUGAAUUUACACUCACUCAUGGGAACACCUUUUUUUGGGUGCUGUAACUUCUGUACCUCCUCAGGCAGCUGCAGCACUGAGCUGCCUUGGGCUGUGUCUUUCCCAACAGUGAAGGCUCCCUUUGAGCCAGCACAAAGCCCAAACUGGGCACAUCCUCUGGCAGAGUGAGUGGAAAACAGUGCCCUCCUCCCCAGAGGGUGCUCACCAGGGCACAGAUAAUGCACCACAGGCUUGGGAUGGAUUCACUUCUGUUGCUCAAGCUAGCAAAAUUACCUUUGCUGUGUCACUGUCCUGUGGGCAUGAACAAUAAACUGCAAUUUGCAUAUUUUCAACAGUUUUCA